GGCACCACAAGUCCAUCCUCCCCAUCAGCAGUCUGGUCAACAACAUUUUCCCUGGAAGACUUCACCAGCAAACUUCACCGACAUGGAUGCCCUAAGGUCGGCUGGGAGAGCUAUUAUCCGGAGCCCAAGUAUGGCGAAACAGUCGUGGACUGCCGGCAAACACAGAAAGCUUCCAGAAAACUGGACUGACACAAGGGAGACCAUCUUAGAAGGCAUGACCUUUAACCUCCGUCACCUCGGCAUGACUCUCGUGGACCAGCCCAAAGGAGAGGAGCUAUCAGCAGCAGCAGUAAAGAGGAUCGUCGCCACGGCUAAAGCCAGUGGGAAGAAGCCUCAGAAGGUUGCUCUUAAGGUUUCUCCUCAGGGAAUAGUCCUGUACGACAGUUCAACCAAUAAACUCCUGGAAAACGUCUCCAUAUACAGAAUAUCUUACUGCACAGUGGACAAACUGCAUGAUAAAGUGUUUGCUUAUAUCGCACAAAACACCCUCAAUGGGACCCUGGAGUGCCAUGCCUACCUCUGCUCCAAGAGGAAAGUGGCUCAGGCUGUAGCUUUGACAGUUGCCCAGGCCUUCACAGUAGCUUUUGAACUCUGGCAAGUGGCUAAAGAAGAGAAAGGGAAGAGAAUCAAGUCUGGUUCAGCUGGAGAGGCCAGCAGUAGUUCCCAUUCAGAGAGAUCCAACAGCUUGGGGAGCCUGAAAGGGACAGAUGUUGCCACAGACAACCUGCUGGACUUUGAGGACAGUGUAAAUGUGGUAGUGGAAACCAACGGGAAUGUAGAGGAGGAUCAGCUGGACAACCACAGGCCGAACAACAACCCCGCCUGGGAAAUAGAAGAUGGUUUGGACGAAGCCUUCUCCAAACUGGCAGUGUCGCGUACUAACCCCCAGGUCCUGGACAUUGGGGUGACGCCCCAAGACUGGCUCACUGAACCCGACUGGGACAGCACCAAUGGAAACACUCCCAACAACCUCAGCCAGUUUGGAGACGAUAUCUUCGGCUUCUGACCACCGCUACACAUCAGAGAGAGCGAGAGAACAAUUAAGGGGAAGAGGGGUGUCUUUAUGUCUUUCUAUGAAUUACCAAGGCAUCACUGUGCGUUUAGAUGAGGCUGCAGUAAGUCCAUAAGGGAAUACGUGUAGAGCUGUGAGAUCAAGUUUGGCCUCUUCAACUUGUUGUACUCUUCACAUGGACAGUGCUUCCCUCUUUUGGGAACUAGCACGGGUUGCUGACCCUGCACACCAAAGCAAUAAUAGCAUCCCUUAAGGUUUUUACAUCUCUCCUGUUAUUACAUUGCAAACAUCCCUACAAACAUAUGUUCACCAAGUCAUCUUUUGUCAGCAUUUUUUGUCUUUUGUUUACUUUAAUUUCUCUGUUUCAGUAGUGUUUGUCAUCAUAAUCAGUAUUUUGUAUAUGUGUCUAGUUAUAAUUUAUAGUUUUAUAAUUAUUUUUUUUUAUGGAUGAAGACAAGAGUAGGAUUUAAUACAAACUGAUGUACAUACUGUAUCAACAGGCCUUUAACAACAGCAAGACAAUCAGGUACACUAUAUCUCUUCAGUUUAAAAAAAGGAAAAAAAAGUGCUCAAGUAGCAGUGAGGACUUGACACUAGCACCACCAUGGAUGUAAACUGAAGAUUGAUCAGACAUCACAUUUUAGACAAAACAAUCUAGUUUAUUUAUAUGAAAUCUUUACGCCAGCUUAUUCAAGACAUGUUGUUACAGGCGUUACUUCUUCACUGCAGUGUAACAGUGCUCUCUUGAAUGAAGCCCAGAUGUGUUCACAUACUAUUGUGGCCAUUUUCAUGUACACUAUCAUCUACCAG